CAGCUUGAAGUCACUGGGCCUCACUUUGAGGAGGCGAUCUCCAGAAUCUGGGUAUUAACUGUCUCAUCACUAAGUUCAGCACCUUUCACAAUAUAGCACAGCAAGGCCACGGUCAGAAAAUGUGAGCCUGUCCUCCUCCUGAGUAAAGUAAAGCUCACUACGCUCUGUGAGCACAGGAACGGCCCGGCAAUAUUUGGUAGGUUUCUGCAUUGUUUGCAAGUACAGAAUAUUAUCUGCGAGUAAACUAAUUAAGGUAAAUAUGGAAAUUCAUACAAUAUAUGCUGCAGAAUAUGAGCUGAAUAAAGCGUAUAAAAAAUGCAGAGAAUUAAAAAAAAUUGAACCACUGACCAAAUAUGGCACCUACAGUUGAAUUCUAGAACACAAUGUUACCGUAACAACGCUGAUGUCAUCAUUCUGAAGGUAUAAAUUUUGCUGUAGGCACCAAUACCACUUCAAAACCAAUCUGAUUUCGAACAAGACGCAUCUCAACAUGAAGUGGAUUUUUCUCAAUUGCUUUAGGCCGCCAGUGGUACCAAAGCACGCUGGAGAAGCUAUAGAAGCAAAGGAGGAAAGAAAAAAGGACAAAGAAGGAAAGAAAAAGAAAUGCUGGCUGAAGAAGCUUUUUACAAAAAAAGGGAAAGGAAAAAAGGCAAUGGUGGCGGAGAGCCAGACAUUGGCGAUGGAGGAGGACAGCCAGACAUUGGCGAUGGAGGAGGACAGCCAGACAUUGGCGAUGGAGGAGGACAGCCAGACAUUGGCGAUGGAGGAGGAUAGCCAGACAUUGGCGAUGGAGGAUAGCCAGACAUUGGCAAUGAAGGAGGCGAGCCAGGCAAUGGUGGUGGAGAGCCUGGUAAUGGUGGUGGAGAGCCAGGCAAUGGUGGUGGAGAGCCAGGCAAUGGUGGUGGAGAGCCAGACAAUGGUGGUGGAGAGCAAAGCAAUGGUGGAGGAGAGCAAGGGAAUGGUGGAGGAGAGCAAGGCAAUGGUGGAGGAGUGCAAGGCAAUGGAGGAGGAGAGCAAGGCAAUGGAGGAGGAGUGCAAGGCCUGGGAGGAGGAGUGCAAGGCAAUGGUGGAGGAGUGCAAGGCAAUGGAGGAGGAGGAGAGCAAGGCAAUGGUGGAGGAGUGCAAUGCAAAGGUGGAGGAGUGCAAUGCAAAGGUGGAGGAGUGCAAUGCAAAGGUGGAGGAGUGCAAUGCAAAGGUGGAGGAGUGCAAUGCAAAGGUGGAGGAGUGCAAUGCAAAGGUGGAGGAGUGCAAGGCAAUGGAGGAAGAGUGCAAGGCAAUGGAGGAGGAGUAUAAGGCAAUGGAGGAGGAGUGCAAAGCAAUAGAGGAGGAGUGCAAGGGAUUGGUGGAGGAGUGCAAGGCAAUGGUGGAGGAGAGAAAGGCAAUGGUGGAGGAGAGAAAGGCAAUGGUGGAGGAGAGCAAGGCAAUAGUGGAGGAGAGCAAGGCAAUGGUGAAGAAGUUGAAGGCAAUGGUGAAGGAGUUCAAGGCAAGAGAGAUGAUGCAAGAUUAGAAAGCCAGUAUUAAUGAGACUGAAUAUAGAAGAUUGACUAUCAGUACUACUUACAUAUGUAUAUACUUGUAAAUAAAGCAUUAAAAAACUAA